CGGAGAGACUCGGACUGACUGUGAGUUCUGCGUGAGGAUUUAAAACAAACAGGUCUUUGACCUGUUGGACGAGGGGCGGUGCGCGUCCGCCGACCUCAAGGUUGGCAACAAGGGGCUCACUGGUGGUCAUGAAAAUCCACAGCAACUGACUCUUGAACUCCGGUGGAAAGGUGAGGACUUGCACUUUGCAGCUUGGAUCCGGUUCAGAGGCUGUGGUCCAUGGGUACCCCGGGCCUGUGCCUCGUGUGCCCGUUCAGUAUCCAUCCAUGGUUAUGGUCCAGCCCUGGUCCUCUCCUCUGCUGUGCCCCUGUGCUGCAUCACUCUGCCUCAUGGCCGCUCGCUGCGCAUGAUGCUGAUGAUGCUGAUGAUGCUGAUGUCACCACCGCCUCCUCGCCUGCCCUGGCACAGCAGCGCCGCCAUUUCCCCUCUUGCAGACUGACUUGCGGACCGACUGACGGCGGCUCGCCGGAGCGUCCCGCAUCCAUCCUCCUGUUCAUCCGUAUGGCCCUCGCUCCUCCCCCCAGCGCCCCGCUCCGACCGACGCACCGCGGUGUGUUCAACACGCAGCCCACCCUGCGCCGCCGCCGACACUGAGGCUGUGGCUCUUCCCCCGGGCGGAUCCUCCACGUAUGGAUGCGCCAACGGGCUCACCGAGGACGGUCAGAGAGGCGGUCUGAGCAGGACGCACCGCGGGAGCCUGUCGUUGUGUGGACUGGGCGUCGAGUCUGAGUUACCCGAGGUUGCCAGGUGUGUAUAGCCACACGGAUCUCCAGCUCUACCGCUCGCCCACAAACCCACCUGCAUCAUGGCGGGGGCGUCAGUGAAGGUGGCGGUGAGGGUUCGACCCUUCAACUCCAGAGAGAUCGGGAAGGACAGUAAAUGCAUCAUUCAGAUGUCAGGAAACACCACGACAAUCCUGAACCCCAAACAGCCGAAAGAAAACAAGAGCUUCAACUUUGACUUUUCCUACUGGUCACACACUACGCCUGAGGACAUCAACUAUGCAUCUCAGAUGCAGGUGUACAAAGACAUCGGAGAGGAGAUGCUGCUUCAUGCCUUCGAAGGCUACAACGUCUGCAUAUUUGCAUACGGCCAGACAGGGGCCGGCAAAAGCUACACCAUGAUGGGACGUCAGGAGACAGACCAAGAAGGAAUCAUACCCCUGCUGUGCGAGGACCUCUUCACCAAGAUCAAUGACAGCAAUAAUGACAACAGCAAGUCGUACUCUGUGGAGGUGAGUUACAUGGAGAUUUACUGUGAACGCGUGCGUGACCUGCUGAACCCCAAAAACAAAGGCAACCUGCGUGUCCGAGAGCAUCCUCUGAUGGGACCCUACGUGGAAGAUUUAUCCAAACUCGCCGUCACCUCCUACAACGACAUCCAGGACCUGAUGGACUCUGGAAACAAAGCCAGAACUGUGGCUGCUACCAACAUGAACGAGACCAGCAGCCGCUCCCACGCGGUCUUCAACAUCAUCUUCACGCAGAAGAAACACGACAUGGAUUCGGACAACACGUCAGAGAAGGUCAGCAAGAUCAGCCUGGUUGACUUGGCCGGCAGUGAGAGAGCCGACUCAACCGGAGCUAAAGGAACCAGACUGAAGGAGGGAGCAAACAUCAACAAGUCCUUAACCACACUGGGGAAAGUUAUUUCUGGUCUUGCCGAACUGGCCUCGGCACCAAACAAGAACAAGAAAAAGAAGAAGGCGGAAAGCUUUAUUCCAUACAGAGAUUCAGUUCUGACCUGGCUUCUGAGGGAGAACUUAGGGGGAAACUCUCGCACCGCUAUGGUGGCCGCCCUAAGCCCUGCCGAUAUUAACUACGAUGAAACCCUCAGCACCCUCCGGUAUGCUGACCGCGCCAAACAGAUCCGCUGCAACGCUGUCAUCAACGAGGACCCUAACAACCGUCUGGUGCGCGAGCUGAAGGAGGAGGUGGCUCGGCUCAAGGACCUGCUGUUUGCACAGGGCCUGGGAGACAUCAUAGAGACGUAUCGCUGCACCGAUCCUGUCAUCACUGGUUUGAAAUACCUGUGCGAUUACAAGAACUUUGUGAAUAAUCGCCAGGCUGUCGAUCAAAGGGGUGAUCUCUCCACAGUGUCCAACGCCAUGACAGGAAUGAGCCCGUCUCCCUCGCUCUCCGCCCUGUCCAGUCGUGCUGGGUCCAUCAGCAACCUCCAUGAUCGCAUCUUCAGCCCUGCCAGUGAAGAGGCCAUUGAGAGACUCAAGGAAACAGAGAAAAUCAUUGCCGAGCUCAAUGAGACCUGGGAGGAGAAGCUGCGUCGUACCGAGGCCAUCCGCAUGGACAGAGAGGCCCUGCUGGCUGAGAUGGGCGUGGCCAUGAGAGAAGACGGAGGCACUGUGGGUGUCUUCUCCCCGAAAAAGACCCCUCAUCUGGUGAACCUGAACGAGGACCCGCUGAUGUCUGAGUGUCUCCUGUACUACAUCAAAGAUGGCAUUACCAAGGUUGGCCGUGAAGAUGCCAAGACUCGCCAAGACAUAGUUCUCAGUGGCCAUUUCAUCAGAGACGAACACUGCACCUUCAGCAGCACCACAGGACCUCAGGGAGAAGGAAAUGUCAUCUUUGAGCCAUGUGAGGGCUCAGAGACAUAUGUCAACGGGAAGAGAGUGACCUCUCCCAUCGUCCUGCGAACUGGUAAUCGCAUCAUCAUGGGAAAGAGCCACGUGUUUCGCUUCAACGACCCCGAGCAGGCUCGCCUGGAGCGAGAGAGGACGCCGUGCGCUGAGACGCCGGUGGAGCCCGUCGACUGGGCCUUCGCUCAGAGGGAGCUGCUGGAGAAACAAGGGAUUGACAUGAAGCAGGAGAUGGAGCAGAGGCUUCAGGAACUUGAGGAUCAGUACCGUAAAGAGAGAGAGGAAGCCAGUAACCUGCUAGAACAACAAAGACUGGACUACGAGAGUAAACUGGAGGCUCUUCAGAAACAAGUGAACUCUCGGUGCCUGGAGUCCCCCGAGGAGGAGGAGGAGCCGGAAGAGGAAGUGCCGUGGACGCAGCGUGAGACUGAGCUGGCGCUGUGGGCGUUCAGAAAGUGGCGUUUCUACCAGUUCACCUCACUCAGGGAUCUGCUCUGGGGCAACGCCAUCUUCCUCAAGGAGGCCAACGCUAUCAGUGUGGAACUCAAGAAGAAGGUGCAGUUCCAGUUUGUCCUCUUGACCGACACUCUCUACUCUCCACUGCCGCCGGACCUGCUGCCCCCCUGCGUGGCCAAGGAGAGGGAGAGACGACCUUUCCCCCAGACCAUCGUAGCCGUGGAAGUCCAGGAUCAGAAGAAUGGAGCCACGCAUUACUGGACUCUGGAGAAACUCAGGCAGAGGCUGGACCUGAUGAGAGAAAUGUACGACCGUGCCGCAGAGCUCCCCAGCAGUGCUGUGGAGGACUGCGACCACGCCCUGACGGGAGGCGACCCGUUCUACGACCGCUUCCCCUGGUUCCGUCUUGUCGGCAGGGCUUUCGUGUACCUGAGUAACCUGCUGUACCCGGUGCCCCUGGUACAUCGCGUGGCCAUCGUCAGCGAGAAAGGAGAAGUGAAGGGCUUCCUCAGAGUGGCUGUGCAGGCCAUCUCGGCUGAUGAGGAGGCCCCUGAUUACGGCUCUGGAGUGAGGCAGUCGGGCACUGCCAAGAUCUCCUUUGAAGACAAACAUUUUGAGAAGUUCCAGACUGACUCGUGUCCUGGUGGCAUGUCGCACUCCAACUCCUCCCAGGAGGAGCUGAGAAUUGUGGAGGGAGAAGGACAAAACGCUGAGAUGGGAAUCACUGCAGAUGAAGUCAACAACAACACUUGUGAAGCCUCCCAGGAGGCUCCCAGCAGCCCAGCGAAGAGUUUAGGUUUGGGUCUGGAUCUUCCUCUGGACGUCUCUCCAGAGAGCGCUCUGUCCCAUCUGAAGAUCGGCAGCACCUUCACCUUCAGAGUCACCGUCUUACAGGCCUCCAGCAUCUCAGCCGAGUACGCCGACAUCUUCUGCCAGUUCAAUUUCAUCCACCGUCAUGACGAAGCUUUCUCCACUGAACCGCUGAAGAACACCGGCAGAGGACCUCCGCUGGGCUUCUACCAUGUACAAAAUAUUAAAGUGGAGGUGACCAAAUCCUUUGUGGAGUACAUCAAAACUCAGCCCAUCGUCUUCGAGGUGUUUGGCCACUAUCAGAAACAGCCCUUCCCUCCGCUCUGCAAAGACCUGAUCAGUCCACUGAGACCCUCCAGGAGGCAGUUCCCCAGGGUGAUGCCCCUUUCCAAACCAGUGCCGGCCACGAAGCUCAGCACUCUGACUCGCUCCACUGCGGGACCCUGUCACGCCAAAUACGACCUCAUGGCCUUCUUCGAGAUCUGUGAGCUGGAGGCCAAUGGAGACUACAUACCUGCUGUUGUUGACCACAGAGGCAGGAUGCCUUGUCAUGGCACGUUCCUCUUACAUCAGGGCAUCCAGAGGAGGAUCACAGUCACCAUCGCUCAUGAAACAGGAAAUGAUGUCGAGUGGAAAGAGGUGAAAGAGCUGGUCAUUGGUCGCAUUCGGAACACACCAGAGGCUGAUGAGACCAUCAUAGACCCCAACAUCCUGUCCCUCAACAUCCUGUCCUCUGGAUACUUCUGGCCAAAACAUGACGACAACGUCUCCUUGGGGGUUGAUCAUAGAACCUUCUACCGAUUUGAGGCAGCAUGGGACAGUUCCAUGCACAACUCUCUGCUUCUGAACAGAGUCACUCCCUAUGGGGAGAAGAUCUACAUCACCCUCUCUGCUUAUCUUGAGAUGGAGAACUGCACUCAGCCAACAGUGAUCACCAAAGAUUUCUGCAUGGUGUUUUACUCCCGUGACGCAAAGCUGCCGGCCUCUCGCUCCAUCAGAAACCUGUUCAGCACCGGCUGCCUCCGGCCCUCCGAGAGUAACCGUGUCACAGGAGUCUAUGAAGUCACUCUCUGCCAUGUGGCGGACAAUGGAAGUCCAGGCAUGCAGCGUCGUCGCAGGCGUGUGUUGGACACCUCCGUGGCGUACGUCCGAGGAGAGGAGAACCUGGCCGGGUGGAGGCCUCGCAGCGACAGCCUCAUCCUUGACCACCAGUGGGAGCUGGAGAAACUCAGCUUACUGCAGGAGGUGGAGAAGACCAGGCACUACCUUCUGCUGAGGGAGAAGCUGGAGGCGACUCUGCAGGCGGGACAGGAAGUGUUGUACAAGAGCAGUGACAUCAGUGACUUCGCAAAGAGUCCCGUCCUGAGCCACAGUCCCGGCAGCAGCCCUGCCCUCGAGAGCCCCAACCAGAGGCAGAGGGAGCUGGCUGCCAAGUGUUUGCGUCUGCUGAUGCACACCUUCAACAGGGAGUACAGCCAGGUGAGCAGCAGUGCCAGUGAGAGCAAGCUUUCUGAGAUGUCUGCAUCACUAAUGGGGGAAUCGUCAUCAUCACUGAGCACACUCACUCCAUCCUCUACUUGCCCAUCACUGGUGGAGGGACACUAUGAUAUUAGACAUGCUGAACCCAGUUCAGGAGCGUCCACCCCAGAUCUUGACCCGUACAGCCCCGUGGACAGAAAGAAAGCUCUCCGAGGAUACAGCUUUGUUCCUGACAUACAGGAGAUUCGUGUCAGCCCCAUUGUGUCAAAGAAGGGCUACCUGCACUUCCUGGAGCCCCACACCAGUGGUUGGUUGAAGCGCUACGUGGUGGUGCGCAGGCCCUACGUCUACCUGUACCGCAGCGAGAGGGACAGCGUCGAGAGAGCUGUCAUCAACCUGUCAUCUGCAAAGGUGGAAUACAGUGAAGACAAGCAAACCUUACUGCGGACUCCCAACACGUUUGCGGUGUGCACAGAGCAUCGUGGGAUACUGCUGCAGGCCACCAAUGACAAAGAGAUGCACGACUGGCUCUAUGCUUUCAACCCUCUGUUAGCUGGCACCAUCAGGUCAAAGCUCUCACGGAGAAAGUCGGUGCAGACGCUCCACUCGGUCCAGUCGCUCCCGUCUGCCCAGAGGAUGUGAGAGGUGAUGCAACCUGGUGGAAAUCAAAAAAGAAAAAACAAUCUGAAAGCUCCGCUCACCAUCCCGCUCCAAUGAACAUUGACCACAUAAACACACAAACCUGAAACCAUUUAAAUGCCCCUCUAUAUGACACCACUCAGUCGCUCAUCUCAAACCCCAACAAACUGCCCCUUCGCUCUUUUUGCAGUCGACGCCCCAGCCCCUGCAUGGUGUGUGCCCUCCUGACCAUUAGAAAUAUACACAAGACAAACUAACAACCCCAAACAUGUCAAUUAGCUUACCUCCAGCGGGCUUUUGGACGAGGUCUGACUAGUUUUCAUACAGAAAUGUAGAAAUCUGUCACCUGCGAGUUACUCUGUGCUCAGCCCCGCUGAACAUUAGUGCCAGUUGUAAACCAACCAUUCAUGUAUUUCUACUUAACACCAUCAGGUCGGGGGGUAAAAACACCAAACUGGAUGUUUCUCUGUGUAGUUGAGUGCAGGGAAUGUUCUUUGCGUACAUUCAUUAUUCAAAUACUGUACAUUACCUCAGUUUGGCUUGGUGCUCUAUAACAUAGAGUAUUUGAUUCACUGCAGAGGUUUCACAUAGCAAACGGAUGAGUCAUGUUAACACUGACGUAGCACGAGGAGGGAUUUGUUUGGACAGAAGGGUAAGCUGUAUCUGUGUUGUUGUUUUUUUGUAAGUUGCUCAAUGAAGCAAGCAAGUUUUUUUUUUGGCUAGACUUAGGCGAAAUAAUCCAGGAGAGAUAACUCAUGUCCUCACCUUGUUCACGAUAUUCAACAUUUAACAUAAACCCCCUGUCCAUAUAAAUGAAUAUAUUAUUUAUUGUUGCUAUCGUAGGUUCUCUGCACUGUUAUUUUUUUUUGUGUGUGUGACAGCACCGCUGACCAAUUUUGUUUCAUGGCACUUUAUUAUAUUUAUUGAGUUAAUGUCGUAUCAUUUACUCAGUUGUCUCAACCAAAGCAUUGUGUUCUUGUUCUAAUUAUUCCAAACGUCAUCUACUGUGCAGUUGUGUUAGCAGGCAGUUUUCGAGGAUGUUAAACAAAUAGUCUGAGUUUUUGAGAAAUAUGCCUUUUCUCUUUUCUGCUGAGAAAGAUCAGUCGAUCAUUGUGGUCUCUAUACUCCUGAAGCUCGGACCAGCAGCCAGUUAGCUGAGCUUAGCUAAGACCUGCAACAAUAUGAAACUAAAUCUGCCUGCCAGUACUGUUAAAGCUCACUUAGUCACAGGCCGCCUCUUGUUAAUUCAUGCAAAACUGACAAAUUGAGUGCUUGAAUGAUGUGUUGUACCAAAUAUGCGUAACCUCUAGAUCUUCUCGUCAAACUUCCUGCACGAAAGCAAACGAGCGCAUUCUUCUGAACUCUGAACUAUUUCUUUAAACUAAUCAAAAGUGAACAAAUGUAUUGUACAUGUGUGGUUAAAGUUUUAUCUAGUGAGCACUUAUCAAGGCUUCUAUGGGCCGACAGAGUUGUUACGUUAAAUACAUUUAAGUCUCCUCCAGUAGCUAAACGGAAAGAAUUUAAAAAUGAUCCUCGACUUGUAAUCUGUUAAUCGAUUGCUUUGAGCUGGCAAAAGCUUUGCCCAUCCACCAGAUAGUGCCUCCCUUUCUUCACCUCUUUUUAUUCUCUCCCUUCUUCAUCACUGUGUUCGACAUCAAUAAGUCAGUUACAUGUGUCUGGAGUAAGCUUUUAUGUAGAGUAAUAGUAGAUGCUACGGACUUUUCUUUUUAUAUUGAUGAUCUAUGUCAAUGUUUUGGAGAGUGAAUAUUAUCAAUGAUGCUUUAUAGUAUGUUGGUACAGUGACAGUACACUACAGCAUAUGUCUCAUUAUCGUUGACUGUAAAUGUCGCAUUGAAACGGAAUUCCCCUUUUAGCAUAUGUACUGUGGGUGCUAGAUAUCUGACAGCCAGAUGCUUGUGACAGAAUCGGGCGCAGUAUGAUUAGCUUUGGUGAUGUUAUGACUUUAAUGUUAUUUUGCACUGUACCAAGAUGACCCCGAAUGUUGGUCUUGAAUACCUAUCAUCGGUGGAAGAAAAUAUUUAUCUAUAAAGUAGCUUGUUGUUGCUAGAAAGAUUAUUUAUGUUAAAUAUUAUUGUACAUGUUUAUUGUAUUAUAUACAUUUAAAAGAAUAUUAACUACAUUUGUCCACUCUUGAGAAGAACCUAUUCAUUUGUAAAUCUUAUACCAAAGACAUGGUCUGCCAGCCAUUUUGUCUUUCUCCCUUUCCCCUGGCUAUGAUCAGUUUAUAGUCAGAUCUUAAAAACAAUCAACAUAAAGUAUCUAGGACUCUACGCCGCAGGCCAGCCAACCUGUUGAGCAAGGCAGACUAGUACUUAAAUCUUAAAUCUGUACAUAAAAAUAAACUAAAGCGAUGGUUGUAUUUCACUUUUCACUUCAUAUUUGUUUGUCACUUAUAUUAUAUUACUUGAGAUUCUUUCUGAGAGCAAAGAGUUCAGUGUUUUGGGUCAUCUUGGUAUAUCAACAUCAAUUGGUUCGGUAAAAUGCUCACUGAUGAUGCUGUCUGCUGGAACAGAGGAGAAAUGGAAAGUUUUAUUUAUGAAGUUGUGAAAGAUAGAUUAUGUUCUUAUAGUAAAUUGCUCUCAUGCACAAAACAUCUUUAUUUCAUAUGAUGUUAUAUGAUUUUUUUUAUGAAUGUGUGGAAAAGACUGGGUUGGGUUUGAAAAUAUCAUGGCCUGUAAUGAAAAGAGGAAAACAUUAGAUUUUGAAACUGUGCCAUUGUCGCUUCAACGAGUAAACAGCCAACAACACUGCACUAAAUUGCAUUGAUUUUUUGAAUUGUUUUUUAGUUUACGACUGGCAGAUGAGGUACAUUGCUUACAGCCAUAAUACCCCAAGGAUAUCAUGUUAACACUUUGCAAGAUAGUUAUAGUGCACUGGCCAAUAAUUGUUGAAAGUUAAAUGAAUUGAUUUUUUCAUAUUUGGCUGCUUUUUAAUUGUCACCUGGAUCGACGCAUGCAGGUCCACUUAUCUUCUGCUGUAGGCCUACUAUGUCCCUCUCUCCUGCCUUAUGCUUGCUAAUGACAACAGCCCCGCCCCCGUUCUCCUUGAAGUGCUGCUUGUAAAGUAUUGUCAUUCAUGAUCCUUGUAAUGACUAACUGGAAACCUUCUUCUUGGCUCUGUCUUGUAUAUAAGUGGAACAUUUCUGUGCUGGGUCUCAUCACAGAUGAUAUUAACUCUCUCUUCCUCUGUACACCAUGAUGAAUAAGAAUAACGGGCCUGAUGCUUUGCCUUUGUCACCCCAAAGUAAAGAGUGCUGACCAGGGACCAGUUUUGCACAUUGCAGCUCGGUGUGGUUGAGGUGGUCUUUGUGCCGCGGGGAGACGAUCCCAGGUCUGCACUCUUGCUCUGGGCCGAUUGACAGAAGCAGCAGCAGGUCCCAGCCUGUGAUGAAGUCUUAAUCUCAGUGCUCACGUUUAUCUUUUGAGUGUUCUAGAGUUUUUCUCAUGUCUGUGGACACGUAACAAAGGUUGUGAAGAUAAAAAAUAAGGCCAAUAAAUAAAUGAGUGUUAAAAACUUA